CCGAGCCGGAUAAUCGGGAGGUAAUUAACAAGAUGCAUUUUAGUAGCUCCAACCAAUUGUCUGAAAGGAUUUCAAUUUCCUGUUGGGGACCAAUUAAAUCUAUCUGUAAUUAGAGAGGGAGCCAGGCCGACGCCUGCCGACGGGAUCGCCUCAUGGGCAUUGCGGAAAAUUACACCCGGUUUAAAUUCAAUUCGAUCCACCUUACGGAUCGUGACUCCUUCACGGAAGUGACCAGGAUUAGUUCCCAACUGAUCGCCAAUUAGCAUAUUCGCGUAUUCGCGAUCCCCUUCUCCCCUUCGUUCUUCGUUCUCCUUCUUCUAUCUUUCCACGUGCCUACCUCCAUCACCAUAUACUCAAACCACGUGAUAACACUCUGAACGCGUAAUGCCAGAUAAGGUAAGGAGACUAAUCGAACGUAGCAAUAAGGUUGACCUCGCUUGCCAUUUGAGAAACACAUCAGGACAGCAGCGAUAUUAGCUUAGUUAGUACGUAACGAGAUCAUUUUCCAAUUUGAUUGGGAUUUAGAUCAGAGGCUAUCUAACGUUCGAAUUACGCGGGUUAAAAUUUCAUCGACGAUGUCAGAUAGCAAUUUUUGAAAAUGAUCAAUGUUGCUGAAUUUCUCAACUGGAUUAAUAAUUUUACAUGGCAUGCCUUGUUUUCUGCAAUUUUUUUAUUACCCGUUUCUUUUCAGCAAUGAUAAGAUAGCGAUUUCAUUUUAUCAGCAAUCGACAAUCGAUAACGCUGCGUAUCGAUUGUCGCGUUGACAUCUAUUGACAGUUGAGUGGAGUAGGAUUUUUGGAUAAUGGUAGCAACGCUUUUCUUACGUCGCCUCGUAUUAUUGAACUGUUGAAUUUUUAAUUUGGAAACCCGGAAGACAGGAAGAGUAUGGUUCGUUUCCGGCGACUUCUGCUCAUCAUCUUCGUACAGGGGAUUCUAUCUGCUCGAGAAAUGGACCUGGACCAGGAAGAAGAAUCUUCGGAGAGCGCAAUGGAUACCUGGCUGGGCGCAUGCGCAGCAAUCCUUUAUGCAGCAAUCCAGCACAUAUCCGCUCCAUGCUGGCGCAAGAUCGUUGGCAGAUCUGGCAGUCGGUUGACAGCAGCUCUUGGCAUUGUUGCUGUCGUUUGCUUCAUGGUUUUGGCAGCCUUUCAGCAACCCCCUUAUGGAAAUUUAAUCUAUGGGCUUGGGGCUGGUGCUGGUGUCGCCCUGGUCCAUCUUUAUUUGAAACACCUUGGAUCUCUCGCAGGGGACCAAGCAGUACCCCUCUGGGACAUGGGUGUUGUCGGUGUUGGACUCGCGUUUUGGCCUUUACUGGGUUGCGUCUUCAUCAGCAGUAAUGGUCCAGGAUUAGCACUACUUCCAUUAGCUGCUGCAGCUUUGCACGCAUUGCCAAUCACACUGUUAUUGAAUUCGUCGGAGAAGCUCAAUGAUCAGAAUGAACUUAAGGAAAAUCGAGGAGCAAAUCUUGACUUGACGCAUGGCGACGUGGAAAAGGCUGCGAAUGGUCCAUUCGUCAGGACAGGGGGGGAGAGACUAUCAAAUAUGUACUUAAGCAAUGAUCAAAGUUUAUUCUUCUACCGAGUGAAAUUACGCUACAUGGUCUGUGAUGUACUCCCAGGAAUACCGGAAGAGGAUGAAUAUGAACAGGAAGAGGAGAUCAUCGCGUGUCAUCGACAUGUAUUACAGAGAAGAAGUAUAGAUGAAAUCAACAAGUACACAGAUGAAAAUUCCAAUUUGCAAGGCAACUAUCUGGUUGAAAAUUCGCCUGAAGUGAUAACGUCACACAAAGCACAUAGGAUUUCGUUAUGUCGUUUGAACUAUCCCCUCUUAUCAGUCAUUACGUUGUUUCGAUUAGGGAAUGACACUUGUCUUACUGCCGUCAUCUUCUUCUUGCCAAUUUAUAGCAAUUACGUGGAGGCUCACAUGCCAAUCCAAGAGAAGGCAUUUCUCUUGAGCAUUUUUGGUUUCUCGAUGAUACUCGCAGAGUUUAGUAUCCUCUGGUUCAUCACUAGAGGCAACUGUGUUUCUUCGUCUCUAUGCUCAGUCAUCGCAAAGGAAAGGAACAGAAAGAUUUCCGGUUUCCCGAUAUUCAUUUCCAUAGCACCGCUAAUCAGUACUUUUGGUCUGUUCUUGAUUUGGAAAUCGAAGAACCACGACGCUAUCACUGUAGCUGGUCUAGUCCUAGGAAUUGGUAGCGGAAGCUGUGCAAUCAUUCUGCGAUUACUUGAGAAGAAAGUGUCAUCAGGAAUUUGCCAGGAUUUUACUGAUGUUGCUGCUGGAGUAGCACUUAUUGGAUUUUUGCCUCUAGUCAAAAUACUGAUUCUGAAGAAUGCAAUUGUGGGUUAUUUUCUCUUUGCUGCUGGAAUCUACAUCCUAACUUCUCUCGUAUCUUUGAUCGCUCUCAGAUGAGAUGAAUAUAUUAUUAAGAUAAAAUUAUGUACAAUAGCUGUAUCGAUUUUUCUGUAACUAUCUCCUUCAUGCAUUGUUCUAUAUUUAUUCACGUAGUACAAUGAUAAACGUAACAAUCGUAUCAUCGUUUUAAUAAAUGAUCUUAUUAAUAUUGAAUUAAGUUGGCCUAAGGCACCUGUCUUAUG